AUGCGCUCUCUCGCUGUCUCCGUCGCGGCCGGGGCGUUGCUGUCUGCUACGAACUACGUGCAUUGUGGACAAAUGAAGAAGUUGACGUGGAUGUUACAGCAUCACGACUCGCUUGAACGUCAACGUGCAGCUCAGAAGAAACAGUGUGUCGUGUGCGAUAGAAGAACGCAUUCUACUAUUGGGAACUUUGGUAGAAGCUCGUGCCGAAUCUGCGAUGGUUGUGUGUGCCACUCGUGUAAGAUCCGUCACCGUAUCUACUUCAUCGCGCCUGGAGGACAGCUAGUUCAACGGAAGAUCGUCGUCUGUGCCAAGUGCAUGAAGGAGGCGACGCAUUGGAACGCACAAGAAGCGGCUAGAGAUGAAGCAAUUCGACAUGAACUUUCUUCCUCGGUUUCCUUUAUUGAUACAUCUGAGUCCUCGUCGUACGAUGAAAACAAGUAG